AUGGUGAAAUGGAGCCAGCUCUUCAAUUCGGAUGGACACGACAGGAGGCACCAAGCACACGAUGAACUGAGCGCCCUCUUGCCUACAUCGCGCCGCAAUGAACGCCUACCCGCAUCGCCCAUCGAACCGAAAGAAGUCACCAAGAUUGCGCUCCGCCUCAAGCACCAGAUCGAGCAAGUGAUACCCUGCGAGCUGGAAGAAGACCAGAUCACCAAGGCGCAUAGUCCUAUCCUGACAAAGGCCGUCUUGGACACGGCCACUGCGGCUGGCGGAGAGCAGCACCAGGCUUGCGUUGUGUUCUGCCUGCUGGUGGUGAAGAAGUGGUUCAAGAAGCAGUCGACAGCCGAGCUCUGGGAUGCCGACUUGCACGAUGUGCGCGCUGUUGCCGCGGAAAUGAUGGCAAAGCGCCUCAUCGAAGCCGAGGAAGACAUGGACUACCUCUUCGAAGAGGUGCUGCUUAAGCGGUACUCGACCCUCGUCGACGGCGAGCCCACACCUCCUGCAAACGCUAUCGAGAAGGCAGUCGACCUCCACGCCGUGACCGUCAUUGGCUCGUCUGGAUACCAGAAGUGCAUCAACUACCUCUGGCGCGGUUGGGUUGUGCAGGAUGACGAAGACCCCAGUCGCUUCGUCCACUUCGAGAACAAGACCAACACAAGCUACUGGGCGCAUUUGGACCCAGACCGUAUGCGCGUCCCGCGAUACCAGAAUUGGGUGCAAAUCGCCUUCUCCUUCAUCUACCUCGGACUUUACACUGGCGCCAUCAACACCAUCAACCCUACAGGUGACCUUGAUAUCGUCGAGGGCCUGCUGUACAUCUUCACUGUUGGCUUCGUGUGCGACGAAGCUAACAAGUUCUGGAAGGUCGGGCGUUUCUACAUCUCCUUCUGGAACAUGUUCAACAGCACCCUCUACGCCCUUCUUACUGUUUCCUUUGUGUUGCGCAUGGUUGCCCUCGGACACCCAAUUGGCGAACAGAAGCGCGGACGUUUCAAUGAGCUGUCUUACGACUUCUUGGCAUUUACCGCGCCCAUGUUCUGGAUGCGUCUCCUGCUGUAUCUCGACACUUUCCGCUUCUUUGGCGCCAUGUUGGUCGUCCUGAAGGUCAUGAUGCGCGAGUCCCUCAUCUUCUUUGCACUGCUUAUCGUCGUCAUGAUUGGUUUCUUCCAGGCUUUCCUUGGAAUGGAUCUCGCAGAUGAUUUCGCAUCCGACUCGACCUUUGUCCUCCAGGCCAUGUUGAACGCUGUCAUGCAGUCACCUGAAUUCUCGGGUUUUGACAACUUUUCCCCCCCAUUUGGUAUCAUUCUCUACUACAUCUUCACCUUCGUAGUCAUGGUCAUUCUGCUCAACAUUCUCAUCGCUCUCUACAACUCCGCGUAUGAAGACAUCACCGAGAAUGCCAUUGAUGAGUACAUGGCCCUCUUCUCUCAAAAGACUAUGCAAUUCGUUCGCGCCCCCGACGAGAAUGUAUUCAUCGCGCCCUUCAAUUUGAUCGAGAUGUUCUUCCUCAUCCUGCCUUUCGAAUGGUGGAUGGCCGACAAAACCUACGAAAAGCUUAACGACUACGUCAUGUCCUUUCUCUACUCCCCGCUUCUCGUCGUCACUGCCUUCAUCGAGACAAAGGAGGCUGCGAAAGUCAAUUACAACAGGAGGAGGGGCGAAGAAGACGAAGACACCACACAUGAGUGGGAACAGGUACUUCACGAGUGUGACUUCGAGGCUGAUGGCUGGGACAAGAAAGUGCAGGCGAGCAAGCCAAACGUCGAAUAUGAUACUGCGGUCCUUGAAGUCAAGAAGCUGCAAGAACAGGUUCAGGAGAUGAAAGACCUACUGUUGGCAAUGUCUGAGAAGAAGGGCUGGGGUGGAGACACAUUGGAGGGAAGCAAGUUUGAAAAGUUGGGCGACACAAUCAUGGAGGAGACAAUGGGCGAGAGCAGUAGUGGACGAGAUGAGUAA